AUGGUCACAGAUAAUGUAAAAGCGAGACACUCAAUGGAGAGACGUGAAACGUAUGAAAUGAAUUAUGACGAUGUUCUAGCUGAUGAGGCCACUGAAGAACAGAAUGAUGCUGAAGGUAACGAUGUUGACGAAGACGAACCAGUAGACUCCAUAAUAGAAACGCCUUCAAAAAAUUACACAGCAAUAGUUGGUGAAGAUGUUAGAUUGGAGUGUAAAGUAUCUCCCUCAUUUGGUGCCGUGGUAGAAUGGAGUAGAGAUAAUACCAAAUACUUCCUGGGAACACUCAAGUCUAUGGAACAAGAUCUUAACACGUACGGAGUCGACUCGGAGAGAAUUUCUAUCGCUGCUAAUUCCACGGAUCUACUUAUCCGCGGCGUUAAACAUGAAGAUGCGGGCUCAUUUGCUUGCACCCUGAUGCAAUUCAAACCUCAAGUCAUCACACACCAACUGACUGUACUGGAAUAUCCGAAGAUUGUCAGUUUCACAGCUAGCAACGGCGGGUCAGUAAUCGAAGGUUCGUCUGUUUAUCUCACGUGUGAGGCCUCUGGCUCGCCACCUCCACAAAUCGUGUGGUCGAGGGACGUGGACGGAGUGAACGAACGUCUGCAAGAAGAGGACGGAGAAUUCCUCGGUAACUACGUUUAUAUUAGAGAUAUCAAACGCGAGCAAUCCGGAAAGUAUUACUGCUAUGUAUUCAACGGUAUUGGAGCGAACCAGGCCGAGGUCACAGUUAAUGUCAGAGGCAAGCCCCGUGUUCAUGUCCACAACACUAUUGUAAAUUCGGCAAUCAAUGUUGAAGCUGUCUUGCAAUGUACGGUCCACGAUGAGCCCGGUGCUCAUAUCCGUUGGUACAAAGAUGGUCAACAAAUCGAGAGCAUCUCCCGCCAGUACGACAUCAGCACUCGCGGGUUACACUCUAACCUCACUGUACUACCGACAUCCGACAGAGACUUCGGCACAUUCACUUGCGAGGCUGAGAACGAAUUCGGUUCACACAACCGUUCCAUAUCUCUCGUUCAAUCACCUGUGAUCCAUUCGUUGGAGACUGACGGACCUAGAAUAGGAAUCACUAUAACUAGCCGAAGACCGCUACAUACGAUCGAGCUACAAGUACGAGAAUUAGGAGUCGGUGAAUGGCGUACAUUCAACAUCCCGGUACCAACGCCUUCAUCACACGAAUACUCGAUAGCUUACACGGUAAAUGAUCUUGAGGCUGGCAAAUACGAGGCAGUAGUGCGAGCACAGAACGACCACAGCUGGAGCGAGCACUCAGACUCCGCAUUACUCGAUAUAGUGUACAGAGGUAACUCAGCGCAUUCCGUGAAAUCAAUCGCCCUCACAACUACCCUCAUGUAUCUCCUGGAACACAUCAGAAGACGGUCACCAGCUCAUAGAAGAAGUCAUCACAAAUAUGAGAUAAAAGCGACUGGGGAAGCUGCGAAGAACUACGAUUUUUUAGCUGCAAGACCGCCAGGGAAACGGACCAAGUAUCGACAAAAUACUUUGACAUAA